AUAACUUUUAAUAAUAUUUUUAAUUUGUCCGACAGUAGGCGAAAUCAUAAAUUUUGAGUGAAAUAGAAUUGAUGGCAUAUUUAUACUUUUAUUGAAACAUAAAGGAAGAUGAGACAAGAGAUCAGCAAGGAAAAUUGGAAACGUAUACAGAACACACCGGUGAAGCCUUAGCGAUUAGGAAAGAUUCGAGGCAUUUAAGUCUCGUGUUUUGAUUGUUCAUUUCCUGCCUCCUCCGUAAUGCUCUCUCCCUGACCUUGGCAUCGAGGCACCCAACUGACCGAAGGACGAUCACGUCGCUGGCACGUGCAUCCCGUCUCGGACAAACAACCCGUCUCUCCGGAAGAGAAAGAAACGACGCACUCUUUUAGGUGCCCCUCAAGGUCGCUCUACCUCAGGAUUUCAAACUUUGGACUUGUGGUUCGGAAUACUCCCGACAUAAUAAAUUAUGAAGAGAACCAACCGUUAGAACACCAAUAGAAUUACGAGAACUGAGAAGAAUUCCAUUGCGGCUGUCUUUUAAAAUCUAAACUUUUGAUUUGAACUUGUUAAAUACUGUGUUCUGCCUAUUUCUAAGAAGAUGUCCGAUUUGUCUACAACUUCUAAAUCUCCUCCAUCUAAUAUAUCUCAAGAGGAGGAACUGGUGCUUAAUGAUACAUUUGUGCAACCUGAACCUUUUACAAAUUCAUCAAAAGAACAUCCAAAGCAAUGGACAUCUUCAACUUAUAAUUCUGCCCAGAGAACCAGUGGCAGAUCAAGCUCCUCCACUUACCAUUCACGCUCUGAGAAAAAUAGGUCCUCUGUAUCUAAAUUCUCUACCACACCUCAGUCGUGUGCAAAUACUAAAAUUGUUGCCAUUGUGGAGGGAAGAGGUAUUGCAAGGGGUGAAAUAGGAAUGGCAUGCAUUGAUAUUAAAAAUCCAGUUCUUCUGCUUUCUCAGUUUGCAGAUACUCAAGCUUACCUUCGGCUUGCAGUUCAGCUGAAUGUUCUAAAACCUCUUGAAGUUGUUAUGCCAAAUACCUCAUUAGAAUAUGGAUCCAAAACAAAAUUAAUCUGUAGAAUUAAAGAAUUGUUUCCUGAUAUGACAACAGUAACAGUCCAGAGAAAAUAUUUUAAUGAAACUAAAGGUCUGCAAUACAUUCAAGAACUUUGUGCUACCGAGUACAAAACAGUAGAAAUUGAAGUGAGCCUUAAGUAUUACUGUUUAGCAGCAUGUGCUGCUCUCCUGAAGUAUUUUGAAUUUAAACAAAAUGCUACUUAUGCAACUAAUUCGUUAAAGAUUGUUUAUUGUACCAUUGCAGAUACAACUAUGAUAAGUAUGGCAACUGCUCGAAAUUUAGAACUAGUGACUAAUGAAUUAGGUAAAGUUGAACAUUGUCUUUAUGGCGUGCUGAAUCAUACUUUGACUCCUGGUGGUGAUCGUUUGUUGAGGGCUAACAUUUUGCAACCUCCUUGUGAUCUUAAUACCAUCAAUACACGUCUGGAUUGUAUAUCUGAGCUCAUUGAGAAGGAAGAAUUAUUUUAUAACCUGAAAUCUGUUAUUGGAAAAUUUGUCGACACAGAAAAUUUAUUGUCACUUUGUGUUCAAAUUCCAAAAGAAGAAAAUGUCCGUAGUUGUGAACAAAAAAUAGCUAAUGUUAUUUGUAUGAAGCAUACAUUAGAAUUAGUCAAGCCAUUACAUAAUUGUCUUUCAUCCUGCAGCAAUGGUUUGUUUCAAACAUAUUUCCGAAUACUUUCUGAUGAAAGGUUUCUAAAGCUGCAAGAGAAGAUAAGUCUUGUUAUUCAUACAGAUGCUCGAUGGCAAAAAGGAGUAUUGAAUAUGCACAUGCAAAAAUGUUUUGCUGUGAAGCCUAACAUUAAUGGCUUGCUGGAUGUAGCUAGACGUGCUUAUUCUGAAUCUGUGAAUGAUGUUUCUGAUAUUGUAAAACAACUGGAAAAGCAAUAUAAUCUUCCUCUUCAAGUUGGGUAUAGUUCAGUGCGUGGAUUUUUCAUCCAGAUACCUUGCAAAUUAUUAUCUCCUCAAAAGGAACUGCCAUCUGUUUUCUUAAAAGUCAAUAAAUAUAAAAAUUUCAUAACUUGUACCACUGAAGAUUUGUUUCUUUGUGAAGAAAUGAAUUUCAUAGUUCUGACCGGAGCAAAUAUGAGUGGUAAAAGCACAUAUUUGAAACAGUUAGCAGUACUACAAAUAAUGGCUCAGAUGGGCUCAUAUAUCCCUGCAGAGUUUGCUUCUUUUAGGAUUGCUGAUCAAAUUUUAACUCGUAUGGGUAGUAGUAGUGACAUUGAGAGAAACUAUUCUACUUUUAUGCUUCAGAUGAAGGAAGCAAACUUUAUUUUGCAGCAUGCUACAGAAAGAUCUUUAAUUAUUAUAGAUGAAUUAGGAAAAGGGACAAGUGUUGAAGAAGGAUGUGCCAUUGCUUAUGCAAUAUGUGAAGAACUAUUGACAACAAAGGCAUUUAUUCUUUGUUCAACACAUUUUACCCAGCUUACACAAUUAGCUUCUGCAUAUCCCAAUGUGGAAAAUUAUCACUUCAAGGUUGAAUAUGUUAUGAAUGAAAGAGAAGGCUGUUCUUGUAAUUUCACACAUAAAUUAAUCCCUGGACCGUGCAGAGAAAAGUAUUAUGGAAUCAAAAUAGCUGAAAUUUCAACAAUGCCACAAAGUAUUCUGACUGAUGCGAAGAAUCUUGUUGCUUCUUGGGCAGAAAAGAAGACACCUGAAUCUGAAGAAAUCAUUUUCUGUGAUGAUGAAAACAAAGAGAAAAUUAAACUAGCUAUUCACCUUAUUCAGUUAGCACAGCAAGACUCUUUAGAUCCUGAUGGUUUAAAAAAUCAUCUUUUGGAUUUACAAGCUCAGUUUAAAACUAUUACAACUUCUCCAAAUGACGAUUAAAUUUUCAUACCAAUUUCGGUUUUGUGUAAUCCUUAUUUUGCACUUCUGAAAAAAAAAAAAAGUUAAUUGCUGUGCUUUAAUAUUUCUGAAGUAUUAAAUUAUUUCUGAACAAAAGAUUGCCACUUUUUAAAAAGAGCAGAAGUUAUUUUUAAGGUUAAAUGUAUACUUUUUAAAGAGAAAGCUUUAAUAUAUAAAACUAAUUGAAUAAAACAUUCUUGAAUGAUUUAAACAAGAGAAAUAUCCUACAGAAAGUGUCAUGAUAGAAAAUGAAAAAAAUUUAUAUUUAAAGGCGAAUAAAUUGAUUGAAAAUGUUAAUAAAAAUUGUG